UAGUACUUAUAGUUUUAACAAAUUUACAAAAUACCGGCACAAGUAUUUCUCUCCAGCAUAGGCUGAAAUAACGGAACUUUAUUCUCAAUACACGUUUACCUUGUAUCUUUGGUAUAUGUUUAGUAUUGGACAUAUUUUGACAAUUUUUCUCCAGAUCAUCGAACGCAAUUAUUUCACCAUAGUACGAUGAAAAUCCAUCAGUGUACCGUUUCCACCUUCUUACCCUCAAUUUUAGUGUUGUUUUUUGUGAAUUUUGGAUUCACACAGGAUGCGCCCAUUAUCAAAUUACCAAACGGACUUAUUAAAGGGCGUGUAGGUCAAACCAUAGCCAAACGGCCUUACUGGGCAUACCAGAAAAUACCUUUUGCAACACCACCUCUUGGUGAUUUACGAUUUGCAGCACCUGUUCCCUCAAAAAAUUGGGAUGGGGUUUUGGAGACCACGAAAUAUGAUGUUAUUUGUUACCAAAUCACCAGUGAUUCGGAUUUAGAGUCGGAAGAUUGUCUUUAUUUAAAUGUGUACACUCCGACAGACCCUUCAAAUAAAACAAACCGGGGACUUCCAGUUAUGUUCUUUAUUUAUGGGGGAGGUUUUAUUGAAGGAAAUUGUUUUGACUAUGUGUACGGUCCUGAAUAUUUACUAGAUCGAGGUGUGAUAGUCGUUUGUGCUAAUUAUAGAGUUGGACCUUUCGGUUUUCUUUCGACAGGCGAUAUGACAGUCCCUGGAAAUAACGGUCUCAAAGACCAGCUUUUAGCCUUGCAGUGGACCCACGACAAUAUUCACCUUUUCGGUGGUGAUCCAACAAAAGUAACAAUUUUUGGGCAAAGUGCCGGGUCUGCAUCGGUCGCCUACCACCUCUUACACACACAGUCUCAAGGGUUAUUCCGGGCCGUUAUUUGCGAAAGUGGUUCUUUCUUGAGUCCUUGGGCUUACCAAAGAAAUGCCAGAAAUUAUGCUUUCACCACAGCUGGUCUAAUAGACGAAGUUGUUGGUAAAUCGAACGAUUCUCAAACUUUACUCGACUUCUUGCGAAGUGUUAGUGCCAAAGAACUGGACCAAGCUUCAUACAAACUUAGUUUAACAGAGGCUCACAAAAAUAGGCAAAUUCUUCAAGGGUUUUUCUUCGCACCUGUUAUUGAGCCAAAGCAUGAUGGGGCGUUCAUUAGUCAAAAAAUGUACGUCCAGUUGAAGAAAGGUGAUUUUAUUAGGGUCCCAACUUUGAUGGGUUUUAAUUCAGAGGAGAAUAUUUUUCAUACUUAUUUGAAAUUGUGGUUUGAAAGUGCGUUAAACACAUAUGAUAAAAAUAUAGACUGGUUAGUGCCUAAUGAUAUGAGGAUCAAUGAUUCGGAAAAACGAAAACAAGUGGGAAUUAAGAUUAGAGAUAUUUACACUAAUGGAAGCGAUUUACUUGAAAAUGGACCUUCCUCAGUCAGGUAUUACAGCGAUACUUCCUACACUAGGCCUAUCAGGAAGCAUGCAGAAAUUCAGUCGCAAUUCAGCGAUGUUUUUUUUUAUCAAUUCUCUUAUGACGGAAAAUUGGGAAAUUGGUCAUUUACAGUGAAAGGCGCUGAGAAUGUUUCACAUGGCGAGGACAAUUGUUACAUUUGGCGAAAAUACGACGAUUAUUACGACAAUUCAGAUUUAUGUCGUUUUCCACUACCUGACCGAAUAACACAGUAUCGCAUUCAAACAAUAUGGACCAAUUUUGCAAAAUAUUUGAACCCUACACCAAAGAAAAGCAAGUUGCUUCAAAACAUAACAUGGCCAAAAUUUGACUCGAAAGCACAAUAUGUGGAUAUUUUGAAAAAUUUGGAAAUUAAGAGUGAGCCCAAAAAAGAAACUUACGACCAAUGGAUUGAAUUGUACGAUAGUCUGGGAUACGACGAUUUUGACACUUAUUAAUACAAUAAAAAAAUUAUUUGUUAUUUUCUUUUAUUUACUUAAUAAAAUAUUCUACUUUGGCGUU